AGCAGACACACCGAGAGUCAAGCCUGGCUGCAGCCCUGCUUCGGGAUCGCAUGGCAUCUGAGCUCCUGGGUUGCGGACUGAGUGACUGGCAAAGGACGCAUUGGCGUCCUCCGCCCCCUCCCUGCAGCUGUCCUCGGUAGAAGGCGGGACCACCCAGAGCGCUCAGGACGGGGUUCCAGACUCUGGGGCGCAGGCAGCCAGACCCCCGAGAGUCUUGGCUAGUGACUCCCGCGCCCCAGCUGCCCAGCGGUGCCUCGCUCCCCAUCACAAGUUUGGUCCAUACUGGACAAGUAAGCGAGUCUGGGAUACACUGCUUUUGCUUUGGGCUGUUUUGGACAUGGCCUGGCUGGAGACUUUCACCUACAUCUGUGGAUGGCUGAUUCUCAGUAGCUGUCUCCUGGUUAGAGCGCAGCUGGAUUCUGACGGCACCAUCACUAUAGAAGAGCAGAUUGUUCUUGUUAUGAAGGCUAAAAUGCAGUGUGAACUCAACAUCACAGCCCAGCUCCAAGAAGGAGAAGGCAAUUGCUUCCCAGAAUGGGAUGGGAUCAUUUGUUGGCCCAGAGGAACAGUGGGGAAAAUGUCAGCUGUGCCUUGCCCUCCGUAUGUUUACGACUUCAAUCAUAAAGGAGUUGCUUUUCGGCACUGCACCUCCAAUGGGACAUGGGAUUUUAUUCAUGGCUCAAAUAAAACCUGGGCUAACUAUUCAGACUGCUUUCUGCAGCCUGAUAUCAACAUAGGAAAGCAAGAGUUCUUUGAAAGCCUCUACAUCCUGUACACUGUUGGCUACUCCAUCUCUUUUGGCUCCUUGGCUGUAGCCAUUCUCAUUAUUGGCUACUUCAGGCGAUUGCAUUGCACUAGGAACUAUAUCCAUUUGCAUUUGUUCGUGUCCUUCAUGCUGAGAGCCAUGAGCAUCUUUGUCAAGGACAGAGUAGCCCAGGCUCACCUGGGAGUAGAGGCACUGCAGUCUCUGGUGAUGCAGGGUGACCUUCAGAACUUCAUUGGAGGACCAUCUGUGGACAAAUCUCAGUAUGUGGGGUGCAAGAUCGCUGUCGUGAUGUUUAUUUAUUUCUUGGCUACAAACUAUUACUGGAUCCUGGUGGAAGGGCUCUACCUGCAUAACUUAAUCUUUGUGUCUUUCUUUUCCGACACCAAAUACCUGUGGGGCUUCAUCUUGAUAGGCUGGGGAUUUCCAGCGGUAUUUGUUGUGGCCUGGGCAGUGGCACGAGCCACUCUGGCGGAUACCAGGUGUUGGGAACUUAGUGCUGGAGACAGGUGGAUUUACCAGGCUCCGAUAUUAGCUGCUAUUGGGCUGAAUUUUAUUCUGUUCCUGAAUACAGUUAGAGUUCUUGCUACCAAAAUUUGGGAAACCAAUGCGGUUGGGCAUGACAUGAGAAAGCAGUACAGGAAACUGGCUAAGUCAACACUGGUCCUGGUGCUGGUAUUUGGCGUGCAUUACAUCGUGUUUGUCUGCCAGCCGCACUCCUUCUCGGGGCUCUGGUGGGAGAUCCGCAUGCACUGUGAGCUCUUCUUCAACUCCUUCCAGGGUUUCUUCGUGUCUAUUGUCUAUUGCUACUGCAAUGGAGAGGUGCAGGCUGAGGUGAAGAAGACGUGGACUCGAUGGAAUCUGUCCAUCGACUGGAAAAGGGCGCCGCCUUGUGGCGGCCAAAGGUACGGCUCGGUGCUCACCACUGUCACUCACAGCACCAGCAGCCAGUCACAGAUGGGGGCAAGCACGCGCCUGGUGCUCAUCUCUGGCAAACCCACCAAGAAUGCCUGCAGACAAAUCGACAGCCAUGUGACUCUACCUGGCUACGUCUGGAGUAGUUCUGAGCAGGACUGCCAAACACAUUCGCCCCCCGAGGAGACUAAGGAAGGUCACAGGCGACAGGGAGACGAUAGUCCAGUGAUGGAGUCUUCCAGGCCAGUGGCGUUCACCCUAGACACUGAAGGAUGCAAGGGAGAAACCCAUCCUAUCUGAAUCACCAUUUCCAUUUCCGUUCCUGUGGAUUGGCAGAUCUGGCUGUGUGGGAGGAUCUAAGAUGGAAGACUGGAAUUCUGGAAUAAGGCGUUGCUUAAACAUUUUCAGUUUCUACCAGUUGGCUUCUAGAAAUAUUAAACACACAAAAGGGUAUUAUUGGGGUAAUUUAUUAAUUUAUGUGGACACUACCCCCCAAGUUUCUCUAUAGUUAUUACUAUUUUGCUUCUUUUGGAUAAGAAAAGUUUCAAACGCCUGACUCUACCUUUCUCUCAUAAAUAUCAUCCUGAAUAAGAUAAAGAUCAUUUAGUUUGUAUCAUUUUCCUUUUAAGAAAUUACUAAUCUUUAUAUUCUCAUUUUAAUGAACUUCUGUUAUCACAUUCACUUUGUCUAUGUACCAGAACAAUCUAAGAAUGUACAUUGGAAAACU